CAUAAUCCAAUAUACUCGUCUACCGAUUCAUCAACUAAAGCAAAAACUGAAAUCUCAAAUCACUAAAUCAAAAACCUAACCUAGAGACAAAAACCUCAUUAGUCAACAGAGCAAUGCUGCAACACAACAACCAAUAGACGGAUUGGGCAUUGGAUCAGAGAUCGAUCAGCCAACACAACUUGAGCUCUAGUCUAGAGCACAUUGCAUCGGGCAUGGGGCAUCAGAGAUCGGUUCGAUCCGUCAAUGACGCUCGUAGUGGCGCCGCCCUACAAGCCUCCCUAUAGAUGGAUUAGGCAUCGGAUUGGAGAUCAGUUAGCCAACACAACUCGAGCUUUAGUCCAGCGCACAUCGCAUCAGGCACAAGGCAUCGGAGAUCGGUUUGAUCCGUCGGUCACGCUUGUAGUGGCGCCGCCCCUCAGGCCUCCCUGCUCCCUCAAGAGAGUUGCAGAAGGGAGCAGAGCAGAGAGAAAGAUCAAAGCAAUGGGAAUGUUGACGAACAAGAUCAAGAGGGAGGAUCUAAAACGUGGGGAUCAUAUCUACUCCUAUAGACGCGCCUAUACCUACUCCCACCACGGGAUAUAUGUCGAUGCGGGAAAUGUUAUCCACUUUCCUCAACAUCCUUUGGACAAUCCAUGCCCAAUAUGUGGUGAUGAAUCAAGGCGUGAUGGAGUCAUCUCUUCUUGUAUAGAUUGUUUUCUUUCAGGUGGAGAUCUCUACCGCUAUGAGUAUGGUGUCACUCGAACUUUCUUUCUUGCCAAAGUUUGUGGAGGUACUUGCACUCUUGCUUCGUCGGAGUCACCCGAACAAGUUAUUCAUCGUGCCAUGUAUUUCCUCCGGAAGGGCUUUGGUGACUAUGAUGUUAUCAAGAACAACUGUGAAGACUUUGCAUUAUGCUGCAAAACAGGCUUGAGAGUGAUUCCUACUGUUAGCAUGGGCCAGAGUGGGCAGGCAGCAUCCUUUCAAGCUGCUGCCGGUAUUGUCAUUUCUUCAUCACUUGUGUUUCUUGCCCGAUCUUCACCACUUGGAUUUCUAGCUACCAAUGUUACUGGUCUGGCGGGAGGUUAUGGCAAAUACUGUGUCAAUCGUUUGGCUAAUGAUAUUGGAGUACGCCGAGAUGUCAUGAGAGUUGUUUUAGAGGAGGAAACAUGAUCUUCUGUUUCCGGUGGAACAC